ACCCCACUCCCCAACUCCCUGUUUCACACCGGAUUCCAACUCCACCACCAUUACCACUGCCCCUCGUACCCUCCCUCUCUCCCCUGCCGCCCAGAUCCCCACCCGGUGCCGCCGAUCCCCCCAUCCCACACCCUGGUCCCUUCAUCCUCCUCCAAAACCACCCACGGGGCUCGAUCGAGACGAACUACCCUACGAACCGACGACGUGCGUGGGAUGUCUGCUUGUUGUCUGUCAGGGCCAGAGGAGGCAUAUAUACCCCUUGUGUCUCCAUCUACCCCCCCCCUCUCCUCUUCCUUCUCCUCUUCCUUCUCUCUUUCUCUUAUUCCUAUUCUUCGAUAUGUCCGCUUCUGUCGUCGUCGUCGGAACUGUUGUGUUGUUUAAGAAGGGUAUUACGAGUGUGAGACGGUUACCUCCUUGAUUUUUUUAAAGUCGUGCUUGCUUUGUGCUAUUACCUGCCUGUCUUGUCUAUCAACCCGAUCAACCCAAUCAACGACCAGCCAGUCCAUCGUUCUCACUUUUCUCACCUCACCUCACCACCACCUGUAUCUUGUCCAACCAACCACCAACCUCCCACGACACAACCACCAAACCGCAACCCUGGCUCUCACAUCCCCCCUCCCCCCCUCCACCUGGGGCAGUACCACCACCACCAGCAGCUCCAACAGCACCACCAGCGCCGGCAACACAAGCAGCACCAGCAGCUGGUCCACUGCCGCACAACCCUACACAAUGGACCUCCACGGCCUCCUCCAAUCUCGCCCUCACCACCACCACGCACACGCCCACCACCAGGGACAGGGACAAGCAUACGACCAGCGUCUUCCCGCGGCGCAACCAUACACCUCCCCCCCCAUCUCCUACGCUUCGAGUUCGUAUAUCGGUAUUGCGCACCACCACAAUCACCAGCACCACCAGGGGCAGGGCCAGCAGCAGCAGGGACAGGGAGGGAUCUACGAUUUCCCAUUCUCUCACCCGCAGCAACAGCAGCAGCAGGAGCAGACGACUUACCUGAGGCGCCAGGGGUAUCAGAAUCAGAUGCCUACUUCUGCCCCGCAGCAGCAGAGUAGUUACCCCCACCAGCAACAGCAGCAACCGCAGCAGCAGCUUCCGCGCAGCUAUCAGAGUGGAAACGCUCAGUCAAUGUAUGGGAAGACGACUGCGAUUGCACCAGCUGCCGAGGGAUGGGGAAAACAGCACCAACACCAGCAACAAGGGCAGUAUCAGCAAACCCAGAUGCAGACCCAGGAGGUGGCGCAGAGUACGGAUGUUGAUGCGCUCAUGCGUGCUAUCCAAGCUAAACCCGCUGGUGGUGACAACAGCAACAGCGACGCGGUAGCGGCUGGCGAGAGGACAAGGGAUACCAGCGCGGAGAGGGAGAAUGCCGCCAGGGGACGAGGUGUAAAUGGGGUGAAUGGAGGUGUGAAUGGGAGUGGAAAUGGUGGUGGAGAGGAUCCGAAGAAGCGGUAUGAAUGCCAUAUUGGGGAGUGUAGGAAGGCGUUUUUUCAGAAGACGCAUUUGGAGAUUCAUAUUAGGGCGCAUACGGGGGCGAAGCCAUAUACAUGCACCUACCCAACCUGCACCCACGCCUUCUCCCAACUCGGCAACCUCAAAACGCACCUCCGCCGGCACACCGGCGAGCGCCCCUUCGCCUGCCCCACCUGCGGCAAGACCUUCGCGCAGCGCGGAAACGUGCGAGCUCACGCUGCUGUCCACGACGCGGGCGGGGCGGCGAAGAAGUUUGUCUGUCGACUGGAUGGGUGCGGGAAGUGCUUUACGCAGUUGGGGAACCUGAAGAGUCAUAUGAAUAAAUUCCAUGUUGAGACGCUGAGGGGGUUGACGGUGAGGUUUGGGGAGAGUGAGGCGGCUGGUGGUGGUGGUGGUGGUGGGAAAGGGGGGGAGGGGAAGGAGGGGGAGGAGGAUGAGUUGUUGGAGUAUUUUCGGAGUUUGUAUCGGAAUGCGAAUAAGGGGAUUAAAGGACGCGGCAAGGGACGGAAAGUCGCCUCUACCACACCCAGCAGCUCCACUCCGCCAUCGCUAAGCUCCUCGACUUCCUCGCUCUCUUCUCUCGCUUCGCUGCCUCUCUCUCCGCCCGCAUCCACAGGCUCAUACAUCAGCGGUAUCCCCGCACACUACGGGAUGGGAGGCAUGGGCAGCGGACUUGCCGGGAUGGGCGGCAUGGGAAUGCCCGUGGGAAUGGGGGGGAUGGAGGAACUCUUCGACGGGAGCAGUUCCGGCAUCGGCUCUCCCUGCGCUAGUAGUCUGGGGAGUCUGUAUGAAGUCGGCCCUUAUGAAGAGGAGGAGGGGGGGGAGUUGGCGUUUGGGGAUCGGAUGUAUUGAGGGUCGUGAUGGGUGGGAUUUUUUUUUUAAUAUAUGGGUACACAGUAC